AUGCCGCUGUUGCUUUAUGCUGGCGUUGUGCUUGUGAUCCUGGGUAGCAUUGUCUACUUACGAUUCAGUCGCCGUGGACACCUUCCCCCAGGACCACCUCCGAAGCUCUGGAGCGGGAACGUGCAUCAACUUCCAACAGGCGAGCCGUGGCUGACAUACGCCAGAUGGUCUCAGACGUAUGGUCCACUUGUGUUCUAUCGUGUGUACAGUAGGAAAGCGCUAGUCUUGAAUAGCUUCAAAUCUGCAUUGGACCUCCUCGAAUCAUCUCGGUCCUCGAUAUACUCGGACAGACCAAUGGCGUGGAUGUACAAGGAGCUCAUCGGCCGGAAGCUCGCUGUUUUCAACAUCUCUGUGAAACACCCUCGAUUCAAGAAGUAUCGGAAGCUACUUCAAACGGGGCUGAACCCUCGGGCGACCCAGAGUUACCGGACCACCCAAGAAGCGCAGGCUCGGAUAUUGGUGCAGGGCCUCGCGACGGCGCCGGAACAAUUCAUAUAUCAAAUUCGCAGGUAUGCAGGUGGUGUCAUACUCGAGGUUACCUACGGCUGGACGGUAUCGAAGAAGAAUGACUUCUUCGUCUCGCUCAUGGAAAAAGCACUGGUUACCCAUGCCAAUAUAACGAAACCAGGCCGCUGGUGGGUGGACAGUUAUCCUAUUCUAGGUUUUGUCCCUGCAUGGUUCCCUUUCGCAGAGUUUAAGAGAGAAGCCGCUGCCACCUUCCGCGGGCUUUUCAGCAACGUUGAGUCAACUCCGCACGAGUGGGCGAAAAAGCAAAUGGAAUCUGGACACUACGUAGAAUCUUUCACUUCUAUACAUAUGCGCCCCGAGUCAGGGGUUCCGCCAGAUACGGAGGAGGAAGACAUAAUUAAGUGGUGCAGCAGCGCACUUUACGCAGGCGGGGCUGACACAGUGGUCGGCGUGCUCACUGGGUUCAUUCUUCAAAUGGUGCUCUGCCCUGAGGUACAGAAGAGGGCGCAAUCCGAGCUCGAUCGCAUCGUCGGCAACCGCCUCCCUAACAUUGACGACCUGUCAAACCUUUCCUUCGUAUCGGCGUUGCUGAAGGAAGUACUCCGUUGGGCAUCCGUCUCACCGCUCGGCCUCCCUCACAGGCUGACUAAGGACGACACUUACUCCGGCUACUUCAUUCCCAAGGAUACCACCGUCUACGCAAAUAACUGGUAUUUCCCGAAUGGCAUACCCAGAGCCCUUUGUUUUCGACCCGGAUCGCUUCAUCCCAAGGAGGACGUCGAGCCACAGCUCGAUCCGCGGCGAUACGUCUUCGGCUUCGGUCGUAGAGUCUGUCCGGGCGCACACUUCGCCGAGGUGACGGCGUUCCUGGCGAUCACGUACAUCCUAUCGGUGUUCAAUAUCUCCGAGGCGCUGGAUGAGCAUGGCGAGGAGAUCGAGCCUAAGAUCGAGUUCACUACAGCUGUCACCUCCCAUGUCAAGCCUUUCGAAUGCCGUAUCGCCGUACGGAAUCUCGACCUACUGGCGGCGGCGGCAGACAAGACGGACGACUCUUCGCAAGGGAGCCAUAGGUAA